AUGAGACUAGACAACACGUCAUUUGAUAAGAUGUAAUAAGUAUAAAGUAGAAAAUAAGGAAAAGAAAAUCAAAUAGAAAUGAAAACUAGAAUUCAUGUUAGUAGAUUAAUUGUUGGAGUUACUUGGACAUCAUAAACCUUUAUUUUUAUUACCAGUUAAUUAAACAAGUAGAUACUGGUGCAAUAACUUUAAGUGAAAUAAGUUUUAAAAUAUGCAAGACGUGGAAUUAAAUAUUUUUUCAAAAUAAUAAAAAGAAGCCAAAGGAGUAUGAAUAAUAGGUACUUAUCUAGUUUAUAAGACAAAACCAUCAGGAUAUUAGAUAACUAAAACAUCUUUACUUUGGCAGAAUUGUACAAAGAUUGUAACAAAGGAGUUAAAGAUAAUAAAGAAGUCAAAGAUAUAUAAUUCAUGACUCCAUUGACAAAAGUUCAUGUUAACCAAGUAGUUAAGAAUGUUUAGCCAUAAAAGGGAUAACACCAGAAUCUAUAAUAAUUUAUUAAUAAAUAAGAUUUUUCAAUUAAAGCAAUAUCUGAUUGUAGAAUUAAAUUUACUUAAUUUAUACUAUUAGUAUCUCCAUCAUCUAGAUAUUAUUAAGUACAAUAAUUUAUUAAAGAAUAGAGUCAAAAUCAAAAUUACAUUAUUUAAGGAAGAAUUAAACAAUUGUUCUGUCUCUUAUUUGAAAAAACAAUAUUAAAGGGAACUCCUAUUUAAUUAACUCAAUUUAGAAAUGAGGUACUAUGAAGAUGUGCUAUCAAAUACUUAUUUAUGAUGAUUGAUGAAGAUACAUGUAUUAAUGAAAUUUGAUUAUUAUUUUUUUAGCUUGAUACAUUUUUGUAUAAGUAAUAUAUAUGCAACCAGAAUUAGAAUACUUAGAGUUAUUAUUCAAUAGAAUUGAUACUUAUAGAGAUAUAUUUAUGGAAGAGGAGUAGAAAAAGACUUUUAAAUACUCAAAGAUCUUAGCUAUAGAAUAAAUCAAAUGAUAAAACAAUACGUUUAUUUAUAGAAAAUAUUUAAGACUUAAAAUCUAUCAAUUAUGGUACUAUUUAAUAAGAACUAAAAUAAAUUAAAGUUAAUGAUUAUAAUAAUGAUUGUUACAUUUGGUACAUCUCAUUGCGAUCUAUUAAUGAGUUCUAUUAAAUUAAUACUAGAUGGCCAAUUUAAAAUAAGAGUAUAGUUUAAUCAAAAUCAUUUAUAUAUCUGCACUUUAUAAUUAUAAAACAUAGUUGA